CUCGGACAACAACCAAUUUACCAGCCCACAGCACGACACCAUACCGACCGUAAUUUCUCCAAUCGCGCACCAUGUCCUCCUCGAUACCUCUCCAAGUAGCCGAAACCAUCCAAACAGCCCAUCUCCAGCGCGACCCUUCUCCCCAACACGACCUGAACCCGUCGACAGCGGCCGACAAGAGGGAGCCCGUCCACCUAGAGCCCGUUGCCCAUCACCAUCACCAUCAUCACACCUACGAUGGCGGAAUUGACGAAGAUGAAGGGGAAGGGGAAGGGGAAGGGGAAGGGACCGAGUUAGAAGAAGAGGAGGAGGACGAGGACCUGUACCAGCGCUCGCGCAUCAGGCCGCAUCAACGGCGCGGCGGGCGGCGUCAACCCGGGCAACACCACCUCCCGCCCAUGCCCGACCUCCGCUUCGAACAGAGCUACCUGCACAGCAUACGCAACGCCGACACGUGGUGGAAGGUUGGGUGGAUCACGGUGAGGGACCAGGUAAGACUUUCCUGGCAGUCAAAGACACGCAACAUCUUCAGUCUUGAGGGCUAUUGUUUUGCAAGCUAAUCUACCUUGCACUGGACGGACCGGAAGCCUGAAAGCUGACAUGGAGGCUUUCAAUAGGUCAUGAUGCCCUUCGUGCAGGGCAUUCUCUACAACCUAGCUAUCUGCGGCUGGCAAUACUGGAACCGGAACGCUCGUUUGAGCGGGUCAUCGUUAGGGGCGCGGUUGCGCCGUUG